UUUUGUUUUGGUUCCGUCUCUGCUGUGUUCUUCCUCAUUUCUUCAGUCAAAUGUGAAGCAACAAUGGAUUACAUUCCGCUCAGCUUUGUGAGCAUUUUGUUUUUUUGUGCCUGCUCAGCUUCACCUCCGAACUUUAUUCUGCUUUUCGCGGAUGAUUUGGGCUUCGGGGAUUUAGGAUGUUACGGACACCCGACUUCUCUGACCCCAAACCUGGACCGGCUGGCGGCUGCAGGACUCCGCUUCACAGACUUCUACUGCACCAGCCCUGUGUGUACCCCAUCCAGGGCAUCUUUGCUGACAGGUCGCUAUCAGACCCGCUCAGGCGUCUACCCAGGAGUGCUUUACCCGGGCUCUAUCGGUGGUCUUCCUCUGAAUGAGACCACCAUCGCUGAGGUGUUGAAGCCUCAGGGCUACGCCACGGCUGCUGUGGGGAAGUGGCACCUGGGAGUCGGAGCCAAUGGGACAUACCUACCAACGAGGCAGGGCUUUGAUGAAUACCUCGGGAUCCCCUACUCUCAUGACAUGGGCCCAUGUCGAAACCUGACCUGCUUCCCUCCAGAUGUGAAGUGUUUUGGAUUGUGUGAUGUUGGGACGGUAACGGUCCCGCUCAUGAAAAACGAUGCCAUCAUACAACAACCAGUUAAUUUCCUGGAUUUGGAAAAGGCUUAUAGUGACUUUGCAACCAGUUUUAUUAUUACAUCAGCCACGAAAAAGCAGCCUUUCUUCCUCUACUAUCCAUCACAUCAUACACAUUACCCACAGUACGCUGGUCCUGAAGCAGCCGGGCGGACUUUAAGGGGUCCUUUUGGAGAUUCUCUGUUUGAGUUUGACAACACAAUAGGAAACCUCUUGGAAACCCUGGAGAAGACACAGAUAAUCAACAACACGCUCAUCUUCUUCACUUCUGACAAUGGACCUGAACUAAUGCGAAUGUCCCGAGGAGGCAACGCUGGCCUUCUGAAAUGUGGGAAAGGUACCACAUAUGAAGGGGGCAUGAGAGAGCCGGCCAUUGCCUUUUGGCCAGGAACCAUCCAGCCUGGUGUGACUCAUGAAAUGGCCAGUACUCUGGAUAUCCUGCCCACUUUUGCCAGCUUGGCAGGAGCCAAACUACCCACAGUGAUGCUGGACGGCGUUGAUAUGACAGAAAUUCUCACCAACCAAGGAAAGAGUAAAAGGGAGACUAUGAUGUUCUACCCUACAGAUCCUUCUGAGAUGUAUGGGCUGUUUGCUCUCAGGAUGGGGAAGUAUAAGGCCCACUUCUAUACACGAGGUGCUACCCACAGUGGUACGACUCCAGAUCAAGACUGCCCGGUGUUUGCAGUUCUAAAGGCUCACGACCCUCCUCUUCUUUUUGACCUGGAGGCUGAUCCCUCUGAACACUACCCUCUCACCCUGUUUGGAAGACCUGACCUCCAAGAAGUCGUAGACAAGAUCAUGAAAGAGAAGGAGAAGUUUGAAGCCACCAUGGUGUUUGGCCGGAGUGAGAUAUCAAAAGGAACAGAUCCAAACCUAGAACCAUGCUGUAACCCUCAGUGUAGCCCAAAGCCACGUUGCUGCCAGUGUUAAUAGGCCUGAUUUUUAUUCUUUUCAAAAGAUCAAACUGCAAGGAUGUUUCUGUAAUUGUCUGUUGAUGUACUGUUAAAUGUUUGUAGACAAUUACAAAUAACCUGUUUGCUUUAUGUGGAGAGUGUUGAUUACUUAAUUCUAAGUCAUCAGAAGGGACUGAAUGUUUUCUAAUUAGUUUCUACUUUAAUAUGUUUUAAUAUGUGAUUUGUUAUAUUUAAUUUGUCAUUUUAUUUAAAGUUUCUCUUAAACAAAAAAUAAUAUUUGGGAUACAUGUACUGUAUAGAUUUAUUGGUUAAUGCAGUUGCAAACAAUAAAGACAACAACAAAGUUUCAGACAUCAAGCAUAUAUUUUAUUCAGAAGACCAAACCCAUGACAAGGCAGAGUGAUUUUUUUUUUUUUUGUAAUUUUUUUCUUUGUUUUUCCCUUGAAUUUUACAAGUCCUUGUUUUUAAAGAUACAAGAUAGGAUAUGUUUGUUCUGUCACAUACUGUUUUGCUCUAGGUAUACAGUGAAGAAUUUUGUCAAAAGUUUGGUUUAACUGUUAAUGUAUGUCUCAGCGGCUAUAUGGGACUAGGUUAUCCUCAGAGGAUGUUUUUGUGUAGCUUUGUGCAAAGAAGGAUUUUAACUAGGCUGUAACAAGAUAGAAAAACAUGAUCAGAAGCAAAUAGAUACAGAUCAGAGAUGGGACACACUGUUGGAGCUCAAAGGCGAUUACUAUAAUUGGCAAGACAAUAAUAGUUUUCCAGUGGCAGCUGACUCGGUCACUAUUCAGCUCUAACAGCAGAUUGGUCAGUAGUCUGGUGGGUGUGUCACACAAUAAUGAUGUCACAUUUCACAAAUAUGCCCUAAGUGUUGCUGCUGAAGCCGGUCUGUAGAGGUUUAUGGCAGGACGCCACCUGUGUGACAGAUACCGAGAUAACACCUUGUGAAGAAACAUAAGACACUGAAAUAAAAUUAUUGCAGAUCACA